GCGGCCUGACAGAGAAAACCGUCUGAGGAAAAGCGACGGUUGAGGGUCUCGAGAGGCAGCCGCCCCACCUUCUCCCCAUGCCGUCGCGAUGCUCCGCUCCAAGGGCUUCUUCCGCGGCGUCGAGUGCCCCUUCGGGCCGGCCUGCGGGAGGCCCUAUUGCCAUUUCCGACACCCGCCGGGGGCUCCCGAACCAGCCGUCCCCGCCCGUCGCCUCAGCGGCCAGGCCGGUCCCAGCAGACGCGCCUCCGUCUCAGCGGCAGGUUGCGGCUAUGACCCUUACAACCCCGAACUCCCCAGCCCCUCAUCACAAAGCAGGAACGGAGUCUUGGAGGAUGUUACUGAGUCGGGCCCGAGUAUUCUGGAACUGGAGCUGGUCAACCAGGCAAUUGAGGCUGUCAGAAAUGAAGUUGAGCGUGAGCAAAAGAAGUAUGAGGAACUGUUGGAGACCACCAAGGAGUACGGUGUGGCUGAGCCUCCACUGCUGAUCUCUGAGGCUGCUGGCCCAGCUUCUGUGACAAAAGCCAGUUCCUUUACUCCCUUGGAAUAUACCCCAAGCAGCUGCAAUGCAAGCAGUAACACCAACUACAAUCCUACCCCUCUUGCCGUGGCAGCUGGUAGUCAAUCAAGCAAGUACACCUUGGAUAGUUUCAGCAGUGCAAAGCCUAAAGGCAGCUCGCUGGAGUAUGUCCCCACAGUAGUCACCCAGCCAAAGAAGUACAGCCAUUCUGCCGUAAAUAGCAAGUACAUCAUAGAUGACUCCAAGCCUUCAACAGAUUUGGAGUACGACCCUCUUUCGAAUUACUCUGCAAGGCUUUUGAGCAAAGCCAAGGAGCAGAAGGGGACCAAAAGGAAGAGAGCAGUUGACCGCAGGGAUGCAUAUUCUCUUUCGCUCAAGAAACACUGUGCGGCAGCCACUAGCCAUGAGCCGAUUGCAAGGUUCUCUGACUCAGAAGAUGAUCAAGAUCUGGGGAACAAAGUGACUUCAGCCGGCCAGUCAAAAUGUAAAGGCACCUUGGAUAGCAAGGAGAGCGACGGGCCAGUCCCUGAAGCAAAGGGGACCCGACAGGAAGAUUUGCAUUCUCGGCAGAUGAAGGAGACAGCCGUGCAGUACGACAUGGAAGACAUUGAAAGCCCCCAGGAAACCAUAAUAAAGGAUGAUCUCGAGAAAGACGCAAAGGUGGCCAAGGCCCUUCCUAACAGGAAUGAAAAAGAGAGCGGUAAAAAUAAAGAGACGACAAAAGAGAAAAAUGCCGAGGGCAAGAAGAACAGAGGCAAGAUUGCAGACAAGGAGAGGACUGGUACAAAGGCAGAGAGGAGAAAUGGGGAGAGAAGUGAGAAGAAACAUGACAAGCCCCACACUGGCAAACCUUUAAAGAAACCCGACAAGCUGAAAUCCAGGGAAGGGACUGAUGGGAGACAGGAAGCCCCUGGAAAGAGCAAGAGUGAAGGCCACAGUAAAUCAUCCAGCAGUGAGAAAGGUGGAAGCACCAAGAAGGACUCCAGAUUAAAACCUGUUGAUGUAAUAAACAAGAAGGAGGCACGUGAAGGUAAGCGGAAAGAUGGAAAGGCCAAGCCACCAGCCUCAGAGCGACCAAAGACAAAGAUGACUGUCUCUCAGAGUAAGGGGAGCACCAAGGCUGAGUGCCGGGCUAAACAGCGGACCCUGAGCCACGCGGACCUCUUUGGCGAUGAGAGUGGAGAUGAAGGGCCGUUGGCUCAACCUCUGCCUGUGACUUUCUCCAACGUGAGUUCAGACUCGGAUGGAGAUGACGGGGAUUUGCUUUUGCCCCGCCAUAAUGGUGUGAAACGUCCCAAGCUGUCCAAAGCACUUCCAUCUCCCCCCUCCUCCUCCUCCUCGUCUGAUGAGGUCAGUUAUUCGGUCCUUGAGAAGGACCUGGAUUUUGAGUCUGACCCAAUGGAGGAGUGCCUCCGGAUUUUUAAUGAAUCCACAGACGUGAAAACAGAAGACAAAGGCCGGCUGGGCAAACAGCCAUCCAAAGAGGAGGAAAGCGACGAAAGGGUAGCGGAGGAGAGUUUAACUACCCUUUUCCCUGGUCAGAAGAGGAGGAUCUCCCAUGUUACCAAACCAGGAAGUGCAGAGGUCCCAAGCAAGCCAGUUGUCCGGCCUUACCGCCCACCUACCGCUCAGGAGGUCUGCUACCAGAGAAUCCGCCUGGCACAGCAACAGGCAGCACAACUGGCCCUGCAGUCGUCUGUGCCAGUGCCAGCAGUGCCCCCAAGGGGCUCCCUUGCUUUGCACAAAGGAGAAAAGAAGCGGAUUGCCCACGUGCCCAGUGCAGCACUGCCUGUGGCCACAAAAUGUGCCCCUGGAGGUCCUCAGAAAACCAUUCUGCCGAGGAGCACGGCAUCUUCCAAUGGCACUGACGCGUUGUCUUUGAAAGCUCGUACGCUGGCUGGGAUGGCCUCCAAGACGACCACCACGAACAUCCCCAAAAGGACAGCGCAUGCUCCUUCCCUGCAGAGCGCCACCUUAAAGCGGCCAGUUAUCCCGACUGAGUUUGGUGCCAGGGUUCCCACCAACAUCCGCCAGAGGUAUCUCAAUCUUUUCAUCGAUGAGUGUUUGAAGAUCUGCUCUUCACAGCAGGAAGCCUUUGACAAGGCACUGUCCGAGGAGAAGGUGGCUUACGAACGCAGCACCAGCCGGAACAUUUACCUGAAUGUGGCGGUGAACACCCUGAAGAAACUUCGGAGCCUACUGUCCAGCCCUUCCCAGGGUGCAAACAAGCCCAACAAUAGGAAGGUGGUGUCUCACGAAGCCAUGCUUGGCGGCAAACUGGCCACGAAGAUCAGCUUCUCGCUCAACCGCUCCACUAGCCUGCGGGCAGAGGACCUGACAGGACCUGCCUUAUACCGGAGGCUCAAGGAAUACCUGAUGACUGAGGAACAGCUGAAAGAGAACGGCUACCCAAUGCCAUGCCCUGAGAAGGCCGGCCGAGCCAUCGUAUUCACAGCGGAAGAUAAGAAAGCAGCUGAUAGUUCCUGCAGAGUUUGCUGCCGCUGUGGAACAGAGUACAUGGUGACGCCCGCUGGGAACUGUGUCCGUAAGGAGGAGUGUGUCCACCACUGGGGGAGGCUGCGCAAGCAAAGGGUGCCCGGUGGCUGGGAGACACACUACAGCUGUUGCUCGGGAGUGGUGGGUUCACCAGGCUGCCAGGUCGCAAAACAACAUGUCCAAGAUGGCCGGAAAGAGAAUCUGAUGGGCUUUGUGAAGACGUUUGAGAAGCUGCCCAGUGCAGAGGGCUAUCCAGGCAUCUAUGCCUUAGACUGCGAAAUGUGUUACACCAAGCAAGGCCUGGAGCUGACCCGAGUCACCGUGAUCAACUCGGACCUGAAAGUUGUUUAUGACACCUUUGUCAAGCCAGACCGCAGAGUGGUGGACUAUAACACCAGAUUCUCGGGUGUGACAGAGGCGGAUCUGGAGAACGUGACGAUAACGCUGCGAGACGUCCAGGCAGUUCUUUUGAACAUGUUCAGUGCGGACACCAUCCUCAUAGGCCACAGUUUGGAGAGUGACUUAUUUGCACUAAAGCUCCUCCACGACACGGUGGUGGACACAGCCGUCGUCUUUCCCCAUCGGCUGGGCUUGCCUUACAAACGGGCCCUCCGCACCUUGAUGGCCGACUACCUCAAGCGUAUCAUCCAGGACAGUGUGGAAGGUCACGACUCCAGCGAGGAUGCCCGAGCCUGCAUGGAGCUGAUGAUCUGGAAGAUCAAAGAAGAUGCAAAAGUUAAGCGAUGAGGACCUGCCCGUGGCUUUUCCUUCACCGCUUUGGCGCAGUGCAAUAAAAGUCUCCAGAGCUUGCCCGCCUGUGAUCCUGCAGCGGGCAUAUCUCUGCUUUCCUCCUCUGGGUUCGCAGGACUCCUGGGCAUCAGGAGGGGGGAGCCACUUGGUGGCACAGCAAAAGGGCACCUGCCCUCUCUGAGCACAUGGGCUGGGACCGAGUGUGUGGGCCCAGCUCACAAGUGCGCUCAAGAGCACUAUUUCUUCUUCCCCGUUUUUAUUUAUGGACAUGAAAAGAAAGUUUCUAAUUUAAUUUUGCCGGUCUGUGGCUGGGGGAUGUUUCUGCAGAAGGGCAGAGAAGCCAGCUUCUCAGAACUGCGUAGCAGGUGGAAACCUCAGGCAUGUGGAUGUUGGUUACUGGACCUAUCUCAAGGGGGGGGGUGCAAGUUGACUGGGGGCUGUCAAACCACCAAAGGCGAGAGAGAGCUGCAAAGCAGCUUACCCACCGUGGGAUUGGAUGCCAGAGAGCUGGGUGGGGGAAUAAUCCUCAUGGACUACCCCAGGGUGGUUCUUCUGGCUUGUUUCUUAGUGAAGCACCAGGUGCAAGAAAGGCAGGCGUGGUGUUCCGCCCUGGAGCUGGAAUGGCCACUGCUAAGGUUUGACCCCGAUGGCGAUUUCAGCAGUGGGUGGGUGAAAAGGUCUAGCUUAAGAGUCCAUCAGAAUUCACAGGAAAGCGGGGGGCUGCGUUAACUUCUACGGAGAGUGGGAAGACAAAGCUUGUCUCUCCUAAAAAGAAAUGAGUCUCCAUCUUCUCUACCUCACCCCCCAAUUCAUGUUCUUGGCUGCUGCUAAAGGGGCAGCUCACCCGCCAGAGGCACCUGCACCCCAGUGAUGGAGGACAAACCCCUUUCCUCUUGCAUUUUCUCAAGAGGGCCCCCCCCUCCAUGGUCACCGCCCUUCCAAGCAAUUUUUUCCAACCCUCAUUGUUUCCCCUGGUUGCUUGCUCGUUGCCUUCAGCUUCCCAGGGUCAGGGGCAGUGCCUACUGCGGCUUGUUCCUAACUGGCACUUUGGAAGGCGUUCCCUCUUUAAGGGCAUUUGCCCCUCCAGAUCCAAAACCUCUCUAGUUUUUCCUCAUGUGCAUUGGAGGAGCUCAAGAUGUGCAAGGGCCCCCAACAUCCAUAGGACUGGAACGACGUGUAAUUGGGGAGCGGGGGCUACUGCGCCCUUGAGGAAAAGGAGGCAGCAGACGCAUCCGUGCGCUUGCUCCUGGGCGUGAGUUUUGCCUGUGAGCUUCACGGAUCCUGCCCCCCCCUGCAUCUCAGACUGCAGCCAGAUCUGCUCAGCUGCAUGUUUCAAACAGGCAUAUUCCAUGUGCGCUUUCAACCCCUUCCCAUGCGGAUGUUUAAUACGAGGGCUCCCUCCUUGGUCUCCGAGUCUGUUUGGCCCACAACCGUGUGAUGUUUCUCAAAAUGGCGGUCAGAACAGAUGGCAUGCCUUGCCGUGGGGGGGGCGGGGGGAGGGAGAGGAAUUCACAUAACCCAUCUUAUCUAGCCGUUUGACCUGGAAUCUGUGGUUUGUGUGGAAUCGCAGUAGGGGGUAAUUGUGAGCAGCGGGGUGUGUGUGUGUGUGUGUGUAAGUGUGUGUGUAAAGACUUGUGGAAGCAGGGGCCCCUCACUGCCCUGGACUGCAUGGGACAGCCUUUGCCCUUCCAAGCCCAGCCGUGAGUUGAAAGGGGGUCUACAAUUCCUCUCCUCUUACAGUACGUCCCAGGGGCCCUAGUUCUCUUUGUAUUGCUUUCUGCUGCGGAUCUCAGCCAGAAGUUGGGUAACUCUUACCCAGAGUUGGGUUCAGACAGAGAUCCGCAGCGAGACUCCUUGGCCUUGGCGUUGGGUGACGGUUUCUUCCUCUCGCUCCGUCUUCAUCGGCAUCGUCUCUUUGCUAUCAUGUUAAGUACAAUUUUGGGAGCUGGAAUAAAGAACACCCUGCUUGGGCUUCCCUGCAAGGGUGCCCACACUACAAAUGCAAGUUGGUUUUCAUCCUGGCUCCGCUGUCCUGUGGUUUGUGCCACCCUGGGAGUUCAGGGAAUUGUUGUUUGGCGAGGGGGCAAAGACUUCUGUGUUGGAGGGAGCCUGGCCCCUGCCUUCCCUCUGGAAGAAAGUUCCCUGCAUGCAAGGAACUCCCAGUUUUUUGAUGCACUCCUUGACACUUCACCCAGCGCGUGAAGCUUGUUGGCUAUGCAGCCUGAAAUUUGUUCUUCCUCUGGUUGCCUGAAGGCUGGCGUUUCCUGAAGCCAGCCUUUCGACAACUAACUCUCCCCUCCACGGAUGCCACAGGUUCUCUUAUGCCCUACCCAGCCAUCUUCCCCACCACUUCCCUGUGGGCUGUUUAACACAGUACAUAAUAAUAAUAAUAAUAAAUGUAUGUAGACAUUGUACAUAGCAGCUGUGAACCUGUUAACACUAUUUUGUAAAUCUUUUUAAUAAAAACAA